UUAGGCUGAAAUCUCCGCGACUGAAAUAUCUCUCCCUCUCUAGAUUAUCUCCUUGCCAUUUUUGUUGGCUCUCUCUCUCAUAUUCGCUCGCUAGAUCCACCAUUGGCUUAUACUUCUGCUCCCUAAUUUCUCUGAAUUCCACACUUUUUGCCUGACCGCAAUCGCAGCAACAGCAGCAGCUCUGAAUGCGAAUCAUCUUUUGAUUCCCUUUCACUCGCUGUGAUUUUACUCUCCGGCCGAAUAUGUUUAUGUAUCUGCUGCAUCUUUGUGUUUCCAGAUGAACGAGUUUUUGUUCCGGCUGGCUUGAUUUUCCUUAAGUGCCUGCGUUUCAAUUCUUCUUCACUACUGUGUACCGAUGCUUUUGAAUAGACAUGGCUUCUGCUACUUCAAUGUCAGUUUCUAUCGAAUGUGUGAAUAUAUGUAAGGCUUGGAAAGGAGAUGUGAGUGGAAGACUCGACUGUAGUGUGUUAUCUUGUGCCUGGAAGGCGCCAAGGGCCUUGACUGGGUUACUUGCCAGCACAGCUCAUCCUUCUCAGUGUUCCUCUACUCCUUUUGGGCGAUAUGGAAGAAGAGGUCGUCUCCGCCGAUGUGGUCUGUCUAGCAAGUCUGCUUUCCAGAGACAUAAACAGUGGCUUCAACAUGCAAAAACUCGUUGCGCCCGGCACAAAAUUAUGAAAUUUUUGAGAGAGCAAGCUGCACUAUCUGCAUCUGAAAUAACUGUGGAUUCAGUUAAGGAAUUUGCUGCUGAGUCUGAAGGGGACAUCACAGUGGAAGAAUUAGCAGAUUACUCUAAGGGAACCAAACAUUCGUGGGAGAAAAUCCUCAAAAAUGUUAUGGAUGUAUCAUCUGCAAGGAUGAGUAGUGAAGAUAUUUUCCAACUCCAUAGUGGUAGUAUUCAAAUUCCCAAGGUAAAUGGGAAACAUAAUAAGUGCAUGCAGCAUACGAUUUUGAAGGCCACAGGGGACACAUUGUCACAAGGAAAUGGUGUUGGCGAAAUGAGACUUGCUAACAUACCAAGGUGCAGGGAUGUUCUGCCCGGAUUGGACGGCUGGCUGGCUAGCAAAGUUGCAACUUGGCAGAACCUUGAAGGGCACUCUGUCCAGUGGUUUUGUGUUGUCAGCAUAGAUCGAAAAGCAACAUUUUUUGGUUUAUUACUUGUCAUGGAUGACAUCUCAAACCACUACAAUUCUUUAGGCAUGAUGGCGGAUAUUACUUCAGCAUUGGCAGCUGUAGGCGUCAUCAUUUGUUCUUGUGCGGUUGUAUAUACUCAUGAACAAGUUAAGGACCUUGAAACGUUGAUUGGUCUACGGUCUGAACUCGCGAAGUUGUGUUGGACUGUUUCUUUGCUAAAGCACUGAGGGAAUGUUCGAGAGGAUGCUUGAAGUUGGCCAUUGAAGAUGGAGAUUUUGAAAGCUUUAAGGAAGAUCACAUUUGCAUAUAGGCAUAUAUAUUUUGUAUAAACCUUGGGACUUGUACAUGAUUUAUGUGUUGUACAUUUACAUGAGAAUUUGAGGGCUGAUUUGGUCAUGCCACCAUGGGUUGUAAUACAAGUAUCGCUAUACAUUUUUAAUCUUUUUGGGGGUGUGUAAACCCAAGUCUUGUAAUAUACUAAAUUUACUAUUUGUUUUGAAUGUUGUGUAAAGCAUGAGCAGGCUGAUUUCGGUACUCGAAAGCUUGUGA